GUCAAGACAAGGAUAGGGCUCGCACCAGGCAACUACCGACGAGCACGAUGAUGCCGAGGCCGCGCUCGGCGUCUUCGUCGGCGGGCAGGGGCUCGCUGUCGUCGGCGGGGUCGCCUUCGUCUGCGUCGUCGCCGUCGCUGGCCUCGUCGACGUCGGACGCGGCGCACGGAUCGCGGGAGCAAUUCGACGAGGCCUUCUUGCCGCGCAUCGUCUCCAUCUUCUUUGCCAUCUUCCACCCCACCGAGGGGCCCAAGGUGCUCUACCAGGUCCCCGAGGGCACCAUUGGGGUCGACGAGGGCAGCGGUGCGGCAGAGGGGCCCUCGGGCCUGUUUGACUUCAAGCACCUGUCCGACUACAUCAUCCCCAAGGCGCCCCUCUGCGGCCGGCUGGUAACGUGCAACGGCGCAGGGCAUGCCAGCGGAGGCACGCGCCAGACAUUCAAGGUGCUGGGCCACCCCGUGGUGCUCGUCGACGAGGCAAAGUACCCGCGCAACAACUUCAUCUUCAACCUGGCCUUUGUCUUUGACGGCCGAGCCGAUGUGCGCGCGUACGAGGCCGUGGUGCGCAAGUGCGCGCGCCAGCUCAAGGAGCUCGAGCUCAACAUGUCCUUUCUCUCGGGCCCCACGUCGCAGAAGCGCAUGCACGGCAUCAUCGAGCAGAUGUUCGAGGACCUCAACUCGUACUGCGAGUCCUUUAUCGCCCUGCCCGAGGCGCCGCAUACGCGCUACCUGGCGGUGGCCGAUGACGAAAGAGAAGAAAAGGGACUGCCAGCAGAGGAGCGACGGCCAGAAGAGCAACCACCGCCAGCACUCGUCGGCUCGCUCGCGGCCGCGCCGAUGCUGGCGCCGGGCAAGCGGGAGCCGCCGCACGGGCUGGGCCGCACGGUGCGCGAGGCCAUCAACCUCAAGCUGUUUAACCAGUACGCGAACCCGCCACGGGUGCAGGACUGGGAGGUGCCCGUGGCGUUGUUGAAUGUCGCGGGGCGUGUCGACGACAACUGGGACCUGACAAUGGCGCGCGUGCUGCCCUUUGUCGACGGCGUCAACCACGUCAAGCGCAUCGCCCAGCUCGCCGACGCAGACCUGGAGCUGACGCGGCAGUGCAUCGAGCACCUGCUCUACUACGGCUGCGUCAUGACCCUCGACACGUUUCAGUUUUCCAACAUGUAUGCGACGCGGCCGCAGAUUGCGCAGCUGGCCGAUGGCGAGAGCAUCAUUGCCGAGUGCGCCGCCUACGUGACGCGGCCUGGCUACGCGCUGCCGUCGUGGCCCGAGCUGCUGCGGCUGUAUGCGGCCCUGCGGCCGGGCAUCACCCUCGCCGAGUGGAUCGAGGACGAGGAGGUGGACCGGCUGGGCAUCGACGUGCGCCGCUUCGUCACCUUUGCCACCAUCAAGGGCUUUCUCCGCCGCGUGCACCGCUACCCGGUCCUGUUACCGUCGUCGUCCAAGCACGGCGGCGGCGGCGACGCGCACAGGAGCCGGGAGCGGUCUGCCGAUGUCCUGCGUGCCUCGCCGUCGCACUCGCAAUCGCGCUCGCCCGCCGCUGGACGCGCACCGCGAGGGAGCACACCAGCAGCACGGACGCGCCACGAGACGACGUCGACGGUCGUCUCUGGCCGCGAGUCGUCGCCGCUCGUGAGCCACAAGUCGUCGUUUGGCACGCUUGGCGGCGGCGGUGGCAGCACGACUCGGAGCCGGCGCCGGAGCCAGCAGCAGCAGGCGGCGAGCGCAGCCUCAGCCACGGCGACGGUCAUCGAUGUGGCCAACGUCGCCUUUGUCGAGCCGCACCGGCGCAGCUCGUCUUCAACCAAGGGCCGCGCCAGUGUGGGUGCUGGUGCCAGUGCCUGCGCGAGUACCACAGCAGUAGCAGCAGCGGGGCGCACAGGCACAGACGAGACGCCGCCGCCGCCGCCGCUGCUGCCGUCGGGUGCACGUGCCAUCCCGCCCGAUCUCGCGCCGCUCCUCGACGGCACGCGCUCCGACGACGAGCUGUGUGCGCGCUUCUCGAUGCCCUGGGUCGACCUGCAGCGCAUCCUCGUCCAGCUCGGCCACAGCCAUCCAGCAGGAGCAGCUGGAACCCCCGCAGCGGCUGACGGCGAGCACAGCGACGACGAGGCCGCGUUGGCCUCGCACUUUCACCAGUCCGGCUAUGCCUCGGCCUUCCAGCAGCCGGGCUUCUCGGCCUUUUCCAGCAUCGCCGGCCCGGCCUCGAGCGGCUUCACGCCCAGGAAGCUGACCAAGCAGCAGCAGUCGCAGCAGCAGCAGCAGCAGCCACCGCCCCGCCAGCGCGCCGUCGACGACCUGCCGCCGACGCCGACGCCGCCGACAGGAGGAGCAGCACAGCGCGACGGCGGCGGCCGCUCCUCGGCCUUUUCGCGCACCACGACGGGCGCAGACUCGGCCAGUGGCUGGAUCCGCAGCAGCGCCGGUGGUGGCGGCGGCGGCCUCGCAGACAGCGCCACUGAUGCCCUCGGCUCGACGGCGGCCGCGACGCUCAUGGAGCGCGAGAGCAUGAACCGCGGCGACUAUGGCCGUGUCAAGAUCCUGCUGCGCUGAGCUGCUUACACUGUACACUACCUCAUUCCCUGGGCGCAUACCCAAUGCAAUGAUCUCUACUAUCCUCUACUGGCCCCUUUCUUCCAGUGCCACUACCUCUUCUAUCCUCAAGCGGCGCU